AAGGCACUCAUUACGGAGAUCAACGAGAAGCCCGAAGUCUGAUGUUGCUCUCAACCUCGCGUGACUUUCAUAUGAUUGAAGAGCAGGAUGCUGAUGACUCCGCUAAGUCCAACAAUUCAACUUCUGAUGCUGAAAGAACUGAUCAGUUCAUCCCAAAUACCGACAUGCCUCAAGCAGAUACCGACUUGCCGCUUGUUGAUACCGACAUCCCUAUGACGUCGGUUUUGCCUGAAACAUCAACUAAAGUCCUCGAUCAAGAACAACCUUUUCAUGAAGGAGACAUAGAAAUGCACGAAGAUAUGGACCCAAGGAUGCAGUUCAAGGAUGGAGGUCAUCAUGUCCGAGCGGAACCAGUUGAAGAUAUCGAAACCAUUUACGUAGACGGAUCGGCUCAGCAGAAAUCGCUGCGCAUUGGGGCCAACCUGCAAGAACCGAUUCGAUCAAAUCUAAUUCAGUUUCUCCAGUCGAACUCCGAUGUGUUCGCCUGGAAGCAUGAAGAUAUGAAAGGGAUUGACCCACAAAGAGCAUGCCAUCGUCUAAAUUUGGACAAAACUGUCAAACCCGUUAUUCAGAAACGCCGGAAAUUCGGCCCAGACCGUCAGAAGGCCCUUGAAGAGGAAGUAAACAAGCUCAUAGACAAUAAAUUUGUCAAAGAAGCCAAGUACCCGACGUGGAUAUCAAAUCCUGUUUUGGUCAAGAAAGCCACCGGCCUUUGGCGUCUGUGUAUAGAUUUUUCAGACUUGAAUCAAGCAUGCUUGAAUGAUAGCUACCCCAUUCCACACAUUGAUUACAUGGUAGAUGCUACGUCGGGACACCAACUUAUGAGUUUUCUGGAUGCCUAUUCAGGCUAUAAUCAGAUUCCCAUGCACUCUGAUGACGCUAAACACACCUCGUUCUAUUCAGCUCGAGGCCUUUAUUGCUAUGUCAUGAUGACUUUUGGAUUAAAGAAUGUAGGGGCCACGUAUCAGAGGUUGGUCAAUAAGAUGUUUGCUCGCUUAAUCGGCCAUACAAUGGAAGUUUAUGUAGACGACAUGUUAGUGAUGUCAGAACAGGCCUCUGAUCACAUCGCCCACCUUUCCGAAGUCUUCGAUAUACUCCGAGAAUAUUCUAUGGUGCUUAACCCCAAGAAGUGUACUUUCGAAGUUGGGUCAGGGAAGUUUUUAGGAUACAUGGUGAGUCAGAGAGGGAUCGAAGCCAAUCCCGCUAAGAUUCAAGCCAUACUUGACCUAGCUCCCCCGACAUCUAUCAAAGGUGUUCAAGCUUUAACUGGUCGGCUGGCAGCCCUCAACCGGUUCAUUUCAAAGUCUACGGAUCAUUGCAAGCCGUUCUUUGAUGCUAUCAAAAAGAAGAAACCGUUUGAAUGGACCUUGGAAUGCCAAAACGCUUUUGACAACAUUAAAGAAGUACUCUCACGGUUACCGACAUUGCAGAAGCCGCUUCCUGAUGAGCCUCUGUAUUUCUACCUUGGUGUAACUAACGUUGCUGUUAGUGCUGUUCUUAUACGACAGGAUGGGCUUCAACAGUUUCCGGUAUAUUAUUUUAGCAAAGCCUUACAUGACGUUGAAUUGCGAUAUCCGCAUAUGGAGAAGUUAGCUUUUGCUCUGAUCAUCGCUGCACGGAAGCUACGCCCAUAUUUUCUAGAGCAUUCAAUUAUUGUGUUUACGAC